GUGAAAAAAUGGCGACUUGCAGAGGCUCGGUUUAAGCGGAGCAGAGCAGCUCAGGACUGAAAAACUCACUUUAUUCCGCGAAUGGAAGCGCUUACAGCGGGCUAAACACUCCGGGAACAACUUCCACCCUCCUGAGGAGAGGAGAAAUCAGCACGGGACUGUAGGCGUGUGAGGUAAGUAUGUUGGAGGGAGCCUACCGGGACAGCUACCUGGCUGUGGGUCCGGACGAGCUAGACGCCAAACGGCUGCUGCCCAAACUUGAGACAGUUUGCAGUGAUCUCGAGAGCAAGCUCACCGUCGGGCAGUACGUCCUCUGCCGUUGGUCUGACGGCCUCUAUUACCUGGGGAGGAUUCAGAGGGUGAGCUCUUCAAAGCAGAGCUGCUUUGUCACAUUUGAGGACAACUCUAAGUUCUGGGUGCUGUGGAAGGACAUUCAGCAUGCCGGCGUCCCUGGAGAGGAGCCCAAAUGCUACUUGUGCUCUGAGACGACUAUGAUGUCUGAUAAUAAAAUACUUAUCUGUGGGAAAUGUGGAAUAGGCUACCACCAGCUGUGCCACAUGCCGCAGGUGGAGAGCUCGGCCGACCUCUCGCCGUGGUUCUGCAGGAAGUGCAUUUUCGCCUUAGCUGUGAGAAAAGGGGGCGCUCUGAAGAAAGGCCCUGUGGCCAAAGCCCUGCAGGCCAUGAAGCAGGUUCUCACCUACAACACAGAGGAGCUGGAGUGGGACUCACUGCACCGCACUAAUCACCAGCAGUGCUACUGUUACUGCGGAGGACCUGGAGAAUGGUACCUGAAAAUGCUGCAGUGUUUCCGCUGUGAGCAGUGGUUUCACGAGGCGUGCACGCAGUGCCUGCAGGAGUCCAUGAUGUUCGGAGAUAGGUUUUACUUGUUCAUUUGUGCGGUGUGCAAUAAGGGAGUGGAGUACAUCAAACGCCUGGCUCUGCGCUGGGUGGAUGUGGUCCAUCUCGCCCUGUAUAACCUGGGAGUGCAGAGUAAGAAAAAAUACUUUGAACUGGAGGAGAUCCUCAGCUUCAUCAGCAACAACUGGGAUCAUUUCCAGCUGGGCAAGCUCGCCAGUACCCCUCCCUCAGAGAGAGGCCAGCUCAUCCUCGACGCUCUUAACAAGUACAAAAGCAAGUUUCUUUGUGGAAAAGAAAUCAAAAAGCGGAAAUGCAUCUUUCGGUUACGGACACGAGUUCCUCCCAACCCCCCCUCCAAACUGUUUCCAGAGAAGACCCCCAAACCCGAGGGCCGCCGGGGCUGUAAGAAAGGGGACGCGCUGAACGGUAGCUGUGCUCCUGCAGAGAAGCGGAGGAAGAAGAGGUCUAAAUGGCUGCUGGAGGAUGCUAUUCCCAACAAUGAGCUGACGUCCAGCUGGAGCUCCAAUCAUCACAUGGCCAAUAUCUUCGACUUCACACUCGACGAGCUGCAGAGUCUGAAAAGCACCAGUUCCAGCCGGACGUUCAGUCUGGAUCAGGACUCCACAGAUGCUGCCAGCACUUCAGGCUCUGCCACCACUAGCGUUUCCUACGACUUCAGGAAGAACGUGGGCAGCAGGAAAAGGAAGUUGCCUUCAGCCAAUUACAGCAUGCUGACCAGUAAGAGGGAGGCGCUGGAGAGCGAUCUGAGCCCGGUGGGUCUCCCCGGGGACGAGCCCCACGCUGCCAACGACAGCCACACCUUCGAGAGCCUCAGCGAGGACGACUCGUCCCUGUCUCACCUGAAGUCCUCCAUCACCAGCUACUUUGGGGCUGCAGGCCGGCUCACUUUAGGGGAGAAGUACCAGGUCCUGGCCCGACGGAUCACACCUGAGGGCAAGGUGCAGUACCUGGUGGAGUGGGAGGGAACCACGCCCUACUGAGGGGCUUUAAGGACGAAGAGAAAGAGGUACAAGAGGAAGAGGAGGAGGAGAAGAAGAGGAGGAGGAUUAGGGAUAAUUUUAACAGUGAAUGUUCUUCACUUCCAGUCCUGGAGAGAAUCACAGCACUGCACAGAUCAGAGUCCAGUGGUUGCCCUGAUUAAACAAACCUGACACGAGCAAAACCAUCCUUAUCUUCAAAAAAACACUUCAAAUUUAUUCAUUUUUACGUUUCUUUUUAUCAAUAAAAUGAAUUUUAUUGAUAAUACAAUCAAGAAAAGGAAAUAGUUUAAGUUCAAACAAAGCCUGAAUCUGUAGAGUGUGCCAUUUCGAUUUUACCACAUUAAAAAAGCAAGUUUAAUUCAUUUAAUUAAUUGCUAUGUUUAGAAUAAUUUAGCCAUUUUUACAGUUAAGUCCCUAGUCUGUAAUAAUUCGGUAGGAAUCAACAAGGCAUCUGACGGUAAUAAUAAUGACACCACCCUACUGUGAUUCUGUUAGUUAGUUAGUUCCAACCCUGCAAUGUGAUUGGCUGAGAGCCGUUAUAUAAGUACCGUUAUCAGCCGGUAAUGCACUGUAAUUACCAAAGCUCUCCAUGUAUUACUCCGCCACAUACCGCCACAUUACAACCUAGCAACAAUGCAGCAAUGCUUACAAGCCAAACAACAACAGCACAGCAGCUACAAACAAACAGAGCAGCAAUUAAACAAUUUUGAGUGGCGGAGUUUUUAUUUUAUAACCGACAUCUUUUCUCCUCCUCUUUAACUCUUUAAAUCUUUUAAUAAACAGCAAUAAUGGAAUAAUACACUCGAGGUUCGUGCUAUAACGUGUAAUAUUGGCACUAUUACUAUAAAGUUAUAGCACUCCUUCUCUUCUGUAUUAUUACUUAAAUAUAUUGCAAAAUAUAACAUUAUGAUAAUUCACACCAUCUGUGUUACUAAAGAGGUUAAAAUACUCCUAAAUGCCAGCAAAUACCAGGAGUUAUGGAUUUAUUCAUGUCAUUACCAACAGGUUUAUUAACCUAUUUAUUUGAUUAUAGCGCCACCAUGUGGAGUAAUUAAGCAAUAACUUUAAUAAGGCAAAUUGGGGGUGAAGUCUUUGGUAGUUUAGAGCGCAUAUGUUUAAAUCAAAAUAUUGAAAUUACAUUUCAAAGGAAAAAUGACACAUAUUCCAUAGGUCAGUGCAGCGUUCUUUAUUUUCUGUGAUGCUCCGUUAUAACAUGUGUCAUAUCAGUGUAAUUAAAUUAAGGAAGGUUUUUGUGAUUGUGAUAGUACACCGUGAUAAAUGUGCUAAAUGAUUUUCACACCAAAUGAAAGGGUUAACUUGUGUUGUUUUAGUUUACUCCUCUCAACACUGUGCUGCUUUUGAUGAACUGGACCGUGUGCAGUGCCGUGACCCUGCAGGACUGGAUCAGAACAGCACUGGUUCAGACUGAGCGUCACGUUGCCCAAAGUAGUGUCUCUUGCUUUUAUUAUUUUUACUUGUGCUACACCAGAGCUCUAGUUCAUUUCUGAAUAUCUUUAACUUUAAACUGUUAGGUUCUUCAUUUUCCUGACUUUUGGGUGUUGAAGUGUUUUUAAAUUCAUCAUCACAGGGUCCUGUUGACAGGGCACUACGAACAGCACAAAACUUAGUGUUCUGGUUCAUGUUUUGUUUUCAGUAUGUAAUAUGAUAACAUGAUAAUCACGUUUUUAUAACUUCUGUUUAUCUGUUUUGGUUGUUUUGGCAGAGUGCUUUUUAACUUUUCUAAAUAGAAACUCGUGUCUAAGAUCAAAACAAUGGCUGCUUUUCUACUGCAUGGCGAAAUGGUUAUUACUAAUUACUAAGAAUUUAGCCCAGGUUUUCGUUGAUUACCAACAAAAUCUAAAAGCUCUGAGGCAAAUCGGGGAUCUCUUGUCGAUUAGUCUAAUCUACUGAAAGACGCUCGCCAACAAAUCACAGACACCUGACAGAUAUUUGGCAUGCUAGACAUCUGACCCAGUCAGCGACUGGGAGUCAGGAGCAGCGGCUACAUACUGCCAAUGCUAGUCAGAUGGUUAGAGAUGGUUACACAUAAUAAGUAAUCUUUGAAUAAAACAAAAUAUCGACAACACUAUAAAUAUUACUUUCCUGACUCAGUGUAGUAAACAUCUAGUUUUACAGAUUUAACAGUACUUAUGUACAUAUUAUUACAUCAUAUUAUUUUGUUUGUGCACAGAAUAGAAACUCUGGGGGUGAUCUCUCGGCACUCGCACAGUCACGUAUUGGAAACUAUUGAAGACGCUCGCCAAACCAGAUAUUUGGCAUGCUAGAUAUCUGAACCAGUCAGCGAUUGGGAGUCAGGAGCAGCGGCUACAUACUGCAAAUGAGAUCACAGAAAAAUAAACAUUUUGGACUCACUUUAAGUGCGUAUUCUCCUCUAUAGAGAUUCUCUGGCAUGGCAUUGCGAGUUCUCAUGUGUUUAGUUCUGGUGUGUUCUCGUGAUGAAAUGUGUUUCUGGAGAGCAGCCAGAUAUGCCAAAAAUGUGUUAUUUGUUGCGUUAGCAAUGCUGGCGACUAGGCUUAUCCAACUUUGAUAAUGCCCCGUAAAAACUGUCGGCGACUGCGCUAAUCCAACAUUUCUACACCAUAUUACUAGUAUUGCUGCUGAACCGUGUUAGUUGGUAGAUCCUUCAGUGUUUAAGCUCAUACACUGAGCUAUUCUGUGGCCACAAGUACAGUUAACUAACCAAAAAGCCACCAGAAAAGUUACCCUCAGAAACGUUCUCAGAACCACCACUCAGCCCUGCAGUGGAAAAGCAGCUUUUAUAUAUCUAACUCUAUAUAUCUAUCUCAUGCUCCAUUCUGAUUUUAAGGUAUUUUAACAACAAAUCAGCUGAUGAAUGUUAAUCUUACAUCUAUCUCACCUAAAUGGUAUUUUAACUUAAUUUUAACGAAAUACUGUAUAAGCUGUUAUCUUCUGCUGCCUUCCUGUAGCAGUAUAGAGACUUCCAGUGUUUGUGGCUGCAGAAAAAAGCCAGAGCCGUUAAAAGUUUUAUUAUUAUUUCCAGUAUUUUAUUAUUAUAUGAAAAGAGGAUUAUGAUUUAUUCUUCAUAAUAUAAUUGUGAAUGUUGAUACAUGUUUAACCCUCCUGUUAUGUUCAGCUUUAAGGAACAGCUAUAGCGUUUCCAGGUCAGAUUGACCUUUGUUUAUCCAUGUUUAGCUCAAUUAAUAUAAAUACACAUCAACAUUUAGGCCCAAUCCCAUUUCACACCUUAGCUCUACCCCUCUGUUUUACAUGGGUGCCCUGAGAUUUCUCUCCUGAAAACUGUUUAUUUGGGUGAGUAAAGCGCGUCCAUUUAUUUACAGUACAGGAUUUCCACUAAGGCUGAGUGCAGCAGCAUUAGCAUUAGCUGCUAACCUCAGCGCUAGCGCUAGUAAAUGCCGCCUGACAGCUCUAUACUGAGGAAUCUUGAAUGUUCAGCUAGGUUUGUCCCAUGUAGCUUGUUUUAACACAGUAAACACACAAAGUACAGGCUGGUAAUACUCACCUCUGAACAGUGAAAGAGCUAGCGCUUAGCAUGGUUAGCGGCUAAUGCUAAUGCUCCAGCUUUAGUGCUGGAGAAACUUCAAUACCUGACUGGUAGAAUUUAUACAUAAGGAGCACCAGAUUAUAAAGGUGCACUGACGAUUUUGUGAAAAUUAAAACAUAUGCUUUAGAUAUAUAUUUAUCGAUUGAAUAAAGAGUUAACUCUGUUCCAAAGAAUAGGGGUACAAAAGAGAAAUGGGAUUAGGCCUUGCUGUAUUAAAGCUCUUUUUUUAAA